AUGGAGCGGAAUCCUCUUUUUCAACCUCCAGGCCCUGUUCCUCCUCGUACUAGCUCUGCAAAUGCUACCAGCACUACGAGUGCGUCGCCACGACACAAAUCCUCUGAGAGCGACCCCGCCAGGGGAAAACACCGGCGCAACAAGUCCAGCGUGGAUGGCACAAAGUACAAGGACGGAACCUGGUCCCCGAAGAAUGAAGAGAUUCUAAUGGGCCCCUACGAUUACCUUCAGGAGCACCCAGGCAAAGAUGUGCGGCAACAAUUAAUCCAAGCGUUCAAUUCCUGGCUUUGUGUUCCACAAGACAGCUUGGCAAUAAUUACCAAGAUCGUGACGAUGCUGCAUACUGCUUCUUUACUGAUCGAUGAUGUCGAAGAUAAUUCCGUUCUCCGUCGAGGUAUCCCAGUCGCCCACAACAUAUUCGGCACAGCACAGACAAUCAACUCUGCCAACUACGUUUACUUCCUCGCACUUCAAGAAGUCCAGAAGCUCCACAAUUCCGCCGCGAUCGACAUAUUCGUCAAGGAGCUCCUAAACCUCCACCGCGGCCAAGGCAUGGACCUCUACUGGCGCGACACCCUUACCUGCCCGACCGAAGAUGAAUACCUCGAGAUGGUGGGCAACAAGACGGGUGGACUAUUCCGACUAGCAGUGAAGCUCAUGCAGGCGGAGAGCGCAACAGGCAAAGACUGCGUCAGCCUGGUGAAUGUCAUGGGGUUGAUCUUCCAGAUCUGCGACGACUACCUGAAUCUUUCCAACACCACCUACACACACAACAAGGGUCUUUGUGAGGACCUGACAGAGGGCAAAUUCUCAUUUCCUAUUAUCCACAGUAUCCGCGCGAAACCUGGGAGUCAUCAGCUCAUUAGCAUCCUAAAGCAGAAGACUACCGAUGAUGAGGUGAAGCGUUAUGCUGUUCAGUAUAUGCAGAGUACUGGCAGUUUCGACUAUUGCCGUACCAUUGUGCGCGAGCUGCAGAUUCGUGCGGAGUCACUGAUAGAUAGUAUUGAUGCUACGCCUCGCGUUAACGGCGCAGGAGACGGAACACUUGUUCGUCUUGUCCUUAAUCGGAUUGUGGAUAGUACCUUGGGGGAGGAGGCUAAGACCACUCAUUAA